AUGCUUCAAGGAGUAACACUAAUAUCGGAUAUGACCAAUGAUUUAACUUGCGAACGGUUUCUAUUCCUCUCUCUUCCGGCUCCUCUCUCUCUUCUUCUUCUUCUUUCUUCUCUCUUUCUUUUCUUUCUAUGGAACCUGCUAUGUUUGAAGAGCGGCGAGAUCGGGAUUGACUUCGAAUCAUUCAAUCAAUGUCGGUGCUGGAGUGAAAUCAUCUACACUACUUGCUACUGGUGUUUUGAGGGUUACAACGAACUCUCAACUAUGGAAAAAAUUAUAGUUGCUGCUACUAUUGGGGCUGCAACAACAAUAUCUACAAAUCCAUCGUGGGUUGUUACGACAAGACUCCAAACACAAAGAAUGUGGCUUAAUGUUGUUCCUUACGAGAGUGUUCUUUCUGCUUUGACGAAGAUUACACGUGAGAAAGGUCUACGAGGACUGUAUAAUGGCAUUGUGCCGUCAUUAGCUGGCGUAAGUCAUGUAGUGAUUCAAUUUCUAACAUACGAAAAGAUAAAGUCAUACAUUGCCAAAAAAGAUAACAACUUUUGA